UGGGUGUGGAGGGGAAUAUCCUUGCGCAGGGUUGCUAAGGGUGAAACUUUUCAUUUACUUUGCUCACUUUGGGCCAGGGAGAGGGUGGCUUCAGGUUCCCUGCGGAGGGAAGGACGGAAGGAAGAAGGGGGCGCCCCAGUCAACAUCCCCCCACCCCACUUCUAAUUGGGCCUGUAGAAGAGGGAGAAGUUACCUAAACAGCAUCCAUUUAAUUUAAAAAAAAAUUCGAACGCCCACCAGUACAUCAGCACUUUGUAAAAAAGAAACCCUCAAGAUAAACCCUGGAAAGAAAAAGAAGCCACCAAAUCAUCUCAUCUGGUGCUGGGGAAAAAGAUUGUUUGGAGCCAAAAUCCGUCUAUGUUUGUGUCUUGUCUGUUUUAAUAUACUGCCCUAACUUGCUUGCUGUGAAGGGAGUAUGCAUCUGGAGAUCAAAGUUGCUCUGAACUUCAUCAUCUCGUACCUGUACAACAAGCUUCCACGGAGGCGGGCCGAUUUGUUUGGUGAAGAGCUAGAGCGGCUGCUGAAGAAGAAAUAUGAAGGCCAUUGGUACCCAGAGAAGCCUCUGAAGGGUUCUGGCUAUCGCUGUGUUCACAUUGGGGAGACUGUGGACCCUGUAGUGGAGCUGGCAGCCAAGCGGAGUGGGUUGGCUGUAGAGGACGUGCGGGCCAAUGUCCCUGAAGAACUGAGUGUCUGGAUUGACCCAUUUGAGGUCUCCUACCAGAUUGGUGAGAAGGGGUCUGUCAAGGUCCUGUAUCUGGAUGACAGUGAAGGCUGCAGUGCAGCCGAGUUGGACAAGGAGAUAAAGAGCAGCUUCAACCCUGACGCCCAGGUGUUUGUCCCCAUUGGAAGCCAGGACAACUCCUUGUCCAACUCUCCAUCCCCAUCCUUUGGUCAGUCGCCCAGCCCCACUUUCAUCCACCGCUCUGCCCAGCCCAUCACCUUCACCACUGCCACUUUUGCCGCCACAAAAUUUGGCUCAACUAAGAUGAAGAAAGGUGGAGGAGCUGGAGCGGGAACCAGUGGCACAGGGGUUCCUCAGCAGCAGCAGCAGCAGCAGCAGCCACGUCUGGCCCGGUCACCCACCAAUGGCCUGCUGAAGCACAAGGGCCUCUCCCUCUCUAUGCAUUCUCUGAACUUCAUUGGGGGCAGCCCGGCCCCUCAAUCUCAGCUCUCCCCCAAUGCCAAGGAGUUUGUUUACAACGGUGGAUCACCAGGAGCCAGCAGCCUCUUCUUUGAUGGCGUAGCCACUGAGAACCAGGCUGGUGCCAUCCUGCCUCCAUCCCAGUUCAGUGCCAGUGGCGGUGGCAGCGGCUUUGACAUGGCUCAGGUCUUUGGCGGCAGCAGCAACAGCCUCUUUCUGGAGAAGACACCCUUCGUGGAGGGACUCAGCUACAAUCUGAACUCAAUGCAGUAUCCCAGCCAGUCGUUCCAGCCAGUUGUUUUGGCCAACUGACCACCAUGAGAGUAUUCUGGGGAAAAUAACUUCCAAAAAAAGAGAGAAAUAAUUAGAAAUAUUUGAAAUCUUAUAAAUAUAGCUUCUUGGAAAGAGACAACCCCUGAUUCGUUGUGUCAUGCCAGGGAGCGCUGCUGAAGCACUGAUUAUUUUUUAAACUGGUUUCCUGUGCUCUUUCCUUCCCAUUCUUCUACACUCAAUGAGGGAGGUUAUCCUUCUCAGCUCAGCAAUGGUGGGAACCAGAAUCACUUUAUUAUCUCCCAUGCUGCUCCUCGGAACUGGUUCUCAGAUAUGUUUGCUGUCAGGAUGGCCUUGUUCAGGGCACUGUCACAGGCCCAGACGUCUUGAUUCCCUACUCCUCUCCCCUGUUUUCUGAAGUAGCAGGGAGGGGGAAGGAUUUAGGUUGCUUCAGGAUGUGUGAAGUCUCAUCUGCUUCCUCAGGAGGCUUGGGGCUUCUCUAUAUAUGAUGGGUGGCACAGACAGUGGAUGAAUGCAUUCAUUCUUGUAGCUUUCAGAUUUCAUGUUCCUGUUACAAGAUGGCAACAGAACAAAGUCCUCAAGGUUUUUCCCCUUCCUUUUUCUCUUUUUGCCUGUGCUAACUGAUAUGGCAAGGCCUUGCAGUGAAAGUCCCCCUAGCCCAGGGGAGUGCUGGAGGAAGACAUUGUAGUGUCUGAGACAGAAUUUUUGCCUAGCAUUUUCCUUUACAAGCUCUUCCUCCUUAUCUCCCCACCAUCCCCAACUUGCCCCCUUAAGAGUCCUGAGUGACGUGAACUCUUUAGGCAGCUCAGAGUGUCAGUUGCAAAUGCUGUGAUGCAUAAAUGGGGCUGUGGAUGCAAAGUCUUUUGACUUGUGGGGGGGAAAUUGACCCAUGUGUGUUGCACUUCCCUUUCAAGGGUAAGAGUGAAUGCUGGCUGGCUGGUGUUUUGUACCUGGUCAGCCCCAUUGAUGUUCCUCUGGACCAGUUGCCUUGGUUUAUGGCGUUCUGAGCUCUCUCUGUUGAUAGCUGAGCAUUUGGUUACUAAUUCUCAUGGAAAGGAUGGUUUUCCUGCUCUCGAAUUCUAUAGCACUACUUUUUGGCAGGGAAAUUACAAUGCUUAACUGCUUUCUGGAUGGACAGCAUGAGGGUUUGCACUUUGAAUUUCACGUCUUUUAAGACUUUUGACCAAAAACCUUAUGAUUUUUCAUUUGAAAGGAAGCAGGCAUUCCCAUACAGAAGAGCACUACAUAUCUAGUCCAGUAUGGGCUUGUUCCAUCUCAAGGCUUCAUAGGGGAUGCAGUAGGCUUGCUGUGGUAUUUUUAAGUGGCUUAAGGUGUGAUGAGAAAGUAGUGUUCUCUGAUAUGAAUGUAGAGCCUCUCCUUUACUGCUAGCAAGCUAGGCAUCUGAUGCUAUUCCAUGCAUCUCUCCUCUUUGGCAGGAGAGGACAGCCUGCAGUGGCCUUCACGAGUGAGUCUCUUGUAGAUGAUAUAACAAAACUUGCCCUGGGCAACAAACUGUUCCCCAGCUAUGCUUUGCAAGAUGAUGAUUAAGUCCUGAAGCUUACCUGGUUGUAAUGAGAAGGUGUAAGAGAUCUUUUAGGGAGAAGAGACCUGUUGAGUGCACACUCUGGGUUUCAUAUUUAAUCGUCUCUUCUCUUCUCCCACCCCUUUCCCCCCUCUCUGUUCACAGUGUUGUUUGGAGUGUGUGAAGUCUUGUUUCUGCAGCUUCUCUGGCCAAGUCAUUCUGAAUAGAUAAGCUACAGUUUGUUCUUUUGGAAAUCUUUAAUGACUUGAGAGGAGACUUAUGAGUCUCUCCAGCUCUGCCCCCAAAGCUAAAUGGAGGAUACCCUGCAGGUCUGUAUAUGAGCCUUAACUGCCCCUCCCUUGACGGAUGCAGGUCCUUGCACUAGAUUUUGGGCAUCAUUCAUAGAAAAUGUCUCCUGCACAAGCCACCAAUGUAAAUGGGAAUUCUGCAAUUGAUGGGGCAUGUGCAGGAGAGGUUCUCGAGAUGCUCGUGAGAUGAGCCACUUUGUUUCUGUGAACCCGUUUGUGCCCCUCCUCCUUUUCCUGGGCUGAGAAAGGGACACUAACAUUAUCUCAGCACUCUCUGUUUUCUUUGACCCACUGUGUGGCAAGGAGGGAAGAUGAUGGAUAGUAAUGUGAUGAGUUAAGCUUCCAGGGGCUAGAAGUCUGAAACCUGAACAAGAUGCUGAGGACCUGUUCAGAAAAGACACUUGUUUACCUUUCCCCCUAAUGUUAUUACUACUGCCACCUACUUCCCCCUCUGGAGUGUACUGUAGACUGCCAAGCUAUUACACUGGACUUGAACCAUAUCUCCUUUGCUUAGGAGAGCUGCUGGUUUCCUAGCCACUCAGCAUAAUCUCCUUUUAAAACUUUCUGCAGCGGAAAGCUGCCACAGAGCCACUGCCUAGGUGGGAUUAUGUACCCUUCUAAGGCUUAGUAUAUUGUGAAGGGAGAGAGGAAACCUCACGAGCACCUGCAAUGUGUGAUGUUUGACACUGCUUUAUCCUGCUUACGCUUUUUGAAAAGAAAUCUGCAUACACAGGGAGGGAAAGGGGAGGGACCAACCUCUGUAUCUCCUAAAGGAACACACAAAGUGCUUCAGAAGCAUUUCCAGUGCUGGCGACGAUGAAACUCACGGCCUCUUUUUUGGUCUUCUUGUCUCAAGAGUUAGACGUUCAGCUUCAAUUUUAUUUUUAAAACCUGCACUAAUUUACCUGGUUUCUUAGGAAGAAAAAGAGAUUUUUUUUAACUUUUAUUUUUAUGGGUUUGUGUUAAUUUUUUUUGUUGUCUGUUUAUAUUGAAUAAUUUGCUACAUUUGUAAAAUGUAAGAGGUAUAUAUAAUAUAUGUAUAUUUCUAACGUAAAAAAAAUUGAAAAUUUUCUUUGAGAUUUUUUCUUAGAGGAGAGAAAAAAAAUAUUUUUUCAGGAAAAUUUUAAAAAGCAGCAGUGAAAGCUCCUUUCCCCCCUCGCUGCCCUCCUUCCUGACCCUUUUUGAAGAGUGAAUCAACAACUUGUGAUCUUAGAGGAUGAAUGAACACAAAGAGGACAGAAUUAUGUAUGUUUUUUAAUGCAGAGGUCCAUGCUGUUUUUCUUGUUUGGUUUUUUUUUUAUAGGCAGGGGGCCAUUGAGUAGGGAUCCAGAGGGGGGUUUCUUUUUUUCUCUAGCGAAGGAGGAAUACAAUCAGAGUUUUGUAUUCAGAAUGUUGUGCAAUAUUUUGGAACAGGACAUUGGUGUGUCUAGAGAUUUAGUUAAAAACAGCAAAGGUUGAUCAAAUCUGUACAGUUUCUAUUGUUCCAGAUUUUUUUAAGUUUGUAUUAAAAGCAUGAUAUAUAAUA